UUAAACAUUACUCAGGUGCAAAGCAUAACUUGCCUCUACUUCACUGUUUGUUAUAUAUAUAUUCUCUAAUCCUUUUAUCUCAAAUGUUAAUCAAGGGAAAAGCUCUCAAUGCCGUUGCAUCUCAUAAUGUUAAAGUGAUAGUCAUUGGCAAUCCUUGCAAUACAAAGUGAGGAAAAAAUCUUGACUUGAGAUUUAUCUAUUCACUGAUUCUUCUUAUUUCUGGAUCCUACUGCAUUUCAUGUCCAGCGCUCUCAUAUUUUUGAAAAAUACACCAAAUAUACCUGCAAAGAACUUCCAUGCUUUGACUAGAUUGGAUGAGAACAGAGCCAAAUGUCAGUUUGGCCUUAAAGCAGGUGUGUUUUACGAUAAAGUGUCAAAUAUGACAAUAUGGGGAAAUGACUCUACUACUCAGGUUCCAGAUUUUUUAAAUGCCAAAGUCAAUGGAAUUCCAGUGAAAGAAGUUACAAAGGACACAGAAUGGUUGGAGAAAGAGUUCACCAAGAAGGUCCAGAAGAGAGGAGGCGUGCUGAUUAAAAAAUGUGGAAGAUCCUCAACCACAUCAACUGCUGUAUCAAUAAUUGAUGUCAUAAAGUCCGUCAUCACUCUGACACCAAAUGGUGAUUGA